AAACAACCACCAUACCGCCGGCUGCCGGCACGUGUUUGAGGAAGGCGCGUGUUCCAGAGCGGGCUUUUACUGACUACGUCCCUGAGCUCGGAGUCCAAGCUCUGAGUGGGUCCAUGAGCCUCGAAGCUGCUUGGUAAAAAUGACCAGUAGGCGUGUUCAGAUAGCCGAAUUCAUCCUCACCGACUUCUACGGACCGAUCGUGAGUGCUGUGGCUCAUCAGUUGCUUCGAAACCACAGUUUGACCCUACCACAGCUACAACAACGAGUCGUGCAGUAUCCGAGAGGCAAAAUCAAGGAGAGCUUGAUGUGCCUCUUGCAGAAUGGUCUAGUGACGGCUCAGAUCGAUCGGAACCAAGAGUCGAGAACACAAUUCCGGAUGUCCAUCGACGAUGUUUUCAGCAUAAUACAUUGCGCGGGCUUCAUCUAUCGGGCGAAUUUACUCUUCGGGGAGGUCGGACGCGAGCUAGCUCAUGAAUUCACCUUGCACGGCCAAUUAACGGCCCCCGAGGCUGUUGAUAUUGUCAAGGACAGAGUCGACAGACCUCGACCGGAAGUUCAAAAGGUUAUCAAUGAUAUGUUCGAGACAAACUUCUUGAUAACCUCGCCCUUGUUCGAGAAGCAUCUGAUCCAUCGGGAUGAGAAAGGCUCGCGCGCGCUCCUGGCCUCCUACAAUCAGACCCUGACCGACGGUAUCAUGUACUCGUUGAAUAAUCGUAGGUUCUUCGAGCAGGAACGCAAUGAAAUUAUCACUGAAAUCGUGGGAAUGCUGCAUUGCCAUCCUUAUACGAAGAACAUCAUACGUUGCGUCAUUCGUGUUCUCGAGACGAAGAAAGGAGGAGAUGAAGGGAAGAUGCUGAGGACCUCUGCCUCUGUCCACCAAGACGAAAUCAUCAACAUGGUGGAGAAGAAGUUCAGGGUCUCAAGGAAUGAGAUAUUGCAGUGCUUGAAAACCUUGACUUUCGUGCCGCGCAACACCCAGUACAGGAGUCAGGAUGACAUUUUGAUUCUGAAGAAGGAUCCGAAUCAAGCUAAUUGUUAUAUUCUCGAUUGGGAACUAGCGAUACGGAUCUGGCUCCGACAGACAGCUCUGCGGUAUGCUUCAGAGAGACAUGGACAUCACGCAUCGUGCAUUCUGGGCAUGCUACUCUUCCAUGGGCCGAGUGAAAUCGAAGCGAUCCAGAAACAAACCCUAAUCUGUCCCAAGGAAGCGAAAUGUAUCGUGUACACUCUUGAAAACGACAAUUUCCUCGAACGAGUGGAAAACAUCACCGCGGGCGACACCCAUCGUCAAGAACCAAGGUACAGAUCUACUUACCUUGGCCUCGCAAGACUGCUCGAGAAUCGCUGGGAACAAGCGAUUUUCAAUGUCCUCAUACAGCGUAAAGAGAUUGCUGAUACUCAUCGUGUUUUGCUGAACAAAUACAAGACUUUGGACAAAUUCGCUAGAACACUGGACGAUUCCGAAGAGAUCACUCACUUGUGGGCUAGCCUGACGAGGCCAGAACGUCAAACCCUCCAUAUUCUAAGGCAGCAACUGCUCCAGACGGGUGUUCAACAACAGAGUCUGUGCAGGGAACUCAUCAUGCUCAAACAAGCGUCAAUGACAUUCACCGAGAGCUAA